AUGGUUGAGGAAGUGGCAGUGCAGAUGGGAUUCACCAGGGAGGAGGUGAAGCGGGCAAGAGAAAAACAUGCACAGAAAGAGGCCAAAGAGGAAACCAGAAUACCUAAGGCUAAACAUAGAUUUGUGCUUUCUCUUUCUUGGAUUAUCGAAUAUUGUAAGUAUCAUGUGGAUGCCGCCAAAACCAGCGAAGAAACAACCGCCAUUUCGGAGUUGGAUGUGAAGACGUGGGAUAAGGAGUUCGUGAAGGUGGAUCAAGCUACCCUUUUUGAUAUUAUACUGGCUGCAAACUAUCUGAAUAUAGAGAAUCUUCUGGACUUAACGUGCCAAACUGUAGCUGACAUGAUUAAGGGCAAAACAGCAGAAGAGAUCCGAAAGAUAUUUAACAUAAAAAAUGACUACACUCGUGAAGAGGAGGAAGAAGUCAGGCGUGAAAAUCAAUGGGCCUUUGACUAA